AUGGAGUCAUCGCCUUAUCAAGCUUUUAUUUGGGAGCAGGUCAAGCCUGGAAGGUGGGAACGGGAUAUUGAUGAAAUCGAACAAUCUUAUACCACGUUGGCAAGGAGGUUCCAAGGAACUGGCAGGACCUUUUUUGCUAUGACAGCCCACGUCUCUUUUUCUGUUAAGAAAACUCAAUCUUCAAUCGAAAAUCUUGAGCUGCAUGUUACGAAUGCAUUGCAGAAAGCAUGGCUGCGACUUCGAUACGACCACCCUACCAUUGCAUCAUGGGUCGAGUACAAUCGCGAGGGAAAGAGAUGUAAGAAGGUCUAUGAGAUGUUUGCCGACCCAGGGAAUGUUCUUGCCUCUGCCUGGCUGAAAGAAACUUUCCAAAUCGUUUCCACCAGCCAAUCAUGCCAGGAAUGGUGCAAUUCAGAUCCGCCUGUGCCUAAGCUACCGACUUUGUUUCUCAUAAAACAAAAUGCUACUUCAUCAGCCAACAUCACAUUCUCUGCUGAUAUUGUUCUCCGAUCACACCAUGAUAUCAUCGAUGGAAUUGGGUCGCUUCAUUUGCUUAACAACUUGUUCAAAUUUGCAGGUAUUGCUUUUGAUGACGCAACCGCCUUCCAUAUACCCGCCUUUGGCGAUGAGUGGAUAAAUCUCAGUCCCCCGUUUCGAGUAGCAGCUUCCCUGCCAGCUAGCCUGACGUCGGAACAAGAAGCGCGAUUGAAACAGAUCUUGGAGAAAAAUGCCUCUCUUCGUCAAGGCAUUCAAAUUGCGACAAUACCUGUUCAAUCCGAGCAACUAGUUCCUGGGCGCCACCAGCGAGUCUCGUUAACUCUGGAUUCUCAGCAGACUCAAAGACUGCUCAUCGCUUGCAGGAGCAUUGGCGCUAGUGUGACGCAUGUAUAUCAUGCUGCAAUUGCGCUAGUUCUUCGCGACGUCCAAGAAAGAUAUGCUGAGGAGCGCAUGGUUCGAUAUAUCAGCUACUGUUUGAUCAAUGAGCGCCUACAAUGCAAAGCACCAUACGACACGUCACAACAUGCGGUCUCUGUAUAUCACUCUGGUUCUGGUCCGAGUCUUGCCAUCGAUUUGACAGUCCCCGCCGCUGCUGCCGUGAGGAGUCAAGCAGUAGAUGACACAGCUUCCGAAUUUGCCCGGGUGGUUGAGAUAGUCAAAGAAUAUUAUCUGGGAAUACGGAAUGACCCAGAACAUGUCGCUUUCAUCCCGUCAUACUUGAAGCAUUCAACUCCACCUUAUCCCGACAGCCCAGGUGUUCCACCAAUUCCUUCCCCGAACCAGGCACCCUCCGUCUCAAUUUCUAGCAUGGGAGUGAUUGAUAACAUUAUAUCCCCGACCCAUGGCCUGUUUGAGCUGGAUGAGCCUUGGGUUACGGGAGAGGAGCUUGGGACAGGCUUGGGCCUUUUUCUCGGUACCUUCCGUGGACAGAUGUGCUUAAGUGCCGCAUAUAAUGAUGCGUGGCACAGUGAAACAGAGGUCAUGGACUUUCUGAGAAAGUGCAAUGGCCUUGUAUUCGAAGCUCUUGGGGUGUAG